AUGACCGCAUCGUCUGAACCCCUCGCUCAACUGUCAAACCUACCCAAUGCCGACGGUUCUGCUACCUUCUCAUAUUGUGGGUAUGUCGUCACCGCCGCCGUCAAUGGCCCCAUUGAGGCACCUCGCCGUGACGAAAACCCUUUUGAGGCGUUGAUAGAUGUGGUUGUCAGACCAGCCGCAGGAGUUGGAGGUAAGGAUCGACCCUUUCAUCUCAACCUCCAGAGUCUAAUCAUUUGGCCAGGUACUGCUGAGAGGCAGCUCGAGUCGAUCCUGCAAGCCGCGCUUCGACAGCUCAUCCCAAUUCGAAACUUUCCCAGGUGCAUGAUCCAGGUGACGCUUCAGAUCAUGGAGGCGCCUGAAAAUGCAUAUCAAAACACGAAGCUACUUCAGGCUCAAUCGAAUCUUGCCAUCAUCCCCGCCCUGUUCCAUGCUGCUAUCCUUGGGCUGUUGACUGCUGCCGUCCCUCUCAAGACGAUUGCAACAGCAACAACGCUUGCUAUUCCGGCCGGCUCUGGCGCUCUCAUUAUUGACCCGAGCCCUGAAGAGUCGGCUCAGGCCAGGUCUCUCCACGCAUUAGCAUUUACAUCCCACGACGAGCUGUUACUUGCCGAGAGUUCAGGGUCAUUCUCGAUUGAGGAUUGGGACAGGGUUCUGGAAACGGGUCAGCGUGUGUGCUGCCGAGAUCAGGAAUCAGGGCUCGACGCAGCCAUGUCAGGAGAUGGACUGGAGUCCCAAAGCAUCAGGGCAUUCAUCCGAUCAGUCAUGGAAACCAAGACCGCGACAGAUCUCAACUGGAAGCAAGGCCUGGACCAAUGA